AUGAAAGAACUUAUCGAUGAAAUCGAGGCCUUCCAAGCAGAUAUAAAGAAGGAUCUGGGGCUUGACGAUGCUCUUCUAACUAACCAGGCAAUAAUCGACUUCAUUGGCAACUGGGACUACUUCUUAAAGAUAAAGAACGGAGACGUAGGAAAGGAAAACAACCUGAGGACAUUUAGAAGCUCCAUGGAGAAGGUGAACAUCAAGAAUCCUGAAGGAGAAGUGUAUGCCUUGGCAGAAAAGCUGAAGAGAGCAUAUCACCAGAACGAAAUAAACUAA